AUGCCCGUAUUUCACACGAAGAUAAUCGAAAGUAUUUUAGAGCCGGUUGCUCAACAGGUUUCCCGUCUAGUAAUCCUUCAUGAAGAAGCAGAAGAUGGAAACGCGAUGCCGGACCUGGCACGGCCAGUGCAGGCCGUGUCACUUGCCGUCAACAAUCUCGUGAAGGUGGGCCACGAGACUAUCGAGUCGUCAGAUGACCCAAUCCUGCGUGGCGAUAUGCCUGGUGCUUUACGGCGUGUGGAAGGCGCCGCGACACUUCUCCAACAGGCCUCUGACAUGUUGAGGGCCGACCCGUAUUCGGGACCUGCCAGGAAGAAGCUGAUAGAAGGCUCUCGAGGUAUUCUUCAAGGUACAUCGGCGCUUUUGUUGUGCUUCGACGAGUCGGAAGUUAGGAAGAUCGUAAAAGAAUGCAAAAAGGUGUUAGACUAUUUAGGUGUGGCUGAAGUAAUAGAUACUAUGGAGGACCUAGUGCAGUUCCUGAGGGACAUAUCACCAGCGCUUUCGAAAGCAGCGAGAGAGGUAGCAGCCCGCGCCGCGGAACUAACGCAUCCUCCACACGCGGAAACUUUGACUCGCUGUUUGGAAAGCGUCAAAAAGUUGGCUCCAGUCCUCAUCUGCUCAAUGAAGAUAUACAUCCAUAUACUGUCUGAAGGUGGCAAGGGUAUUGAAGACGCAUCAGAGAACAGAAACUAUUUAGCAAAACGCAUGGCGGAUGAAAUUCACGAAAUAAUUAGGGUGUUGCAACUAACGUCCUACGUAGAGGACGGCGGAGAGAAGGACAAUAUAGCAGUACUGAAAGCGCUGCAAUCCAUGAUACAUAACAAAGCGGGAGCUGCGCACGAGUUUCUUAAUGAUCCCGAAGCCCUACGUAAUACAGUGGGUGAGCGUGCAUUACGCUCCGUAUUGACAUCGGGACAACGUGCCGCUGAACAUCUCACUCCCGCCCAUGCUGAUACACUUAGAUCUACUGUCAGGUCUGGUGGUAUCAACGCUGAUGUACUGUGUGAUGAGAGACAAUUCGGGCGAGGCAAGGAACCUAAGGCAUUAAAACUAGCCUCAGAUCUGGGCAAUCAGCUUGAUGAGGUAGAAGGUGUGGUCAAUGAAGGAGUAAGAGCCGUCGAGCAACAAGGCGGAAAGACGAUACAAGCCAGAUUAGAAGCAGCUCACAAAUGGUUACUUCACCCGGCAGCCGAACCUGCUACCCGUCUUGAAGGACAGAAGGCUAUUAGCAGCAUUGUGGCGCAGGGGCAUACUAUUGCCGAUAACCUGCACGGACGAGAGAAAGCGGAAAUAAUGCAGCUCUGCUCAGAGGUGCAACAUUUGUCUGACAAGUUGUCUGAUCUGUGUAUGCGCGGACGCGGCGACUCAGACGAAGCCAGGGCUGUUACUAGGGAGUUGACGGACAAAUUGCAUGAGUUAAAACGCGGCUUGGAUCGUGCUGUCGUCAAUCGAGUAGUUGAAGACUUCAUAGAUGUCGCUGCACCUCUCAGACACUUUACAGAUGCUGUUAACGCUCCAUUAGGAACCCCGGGCCGCGAGUUAAAGUUCGAAGAGAAGGCGAAUGGCUUGCAAGCGUUUAGCGGGAAGGCUGCUGCCGCUGCUGAUAUGGUGGCUGCUGGAGUACGCCAUAAUAAGAAAUUAGCUGAUAUGCUGCAUCAUAAUGCUAAAGAGGUCGAAAAACUUUCCCCGCAACUGAUUUGCGCAGGAAAAAUUCGUCUACAUUAUCCCGAAAGCAAGGUCGCAGAAGAACAUUUCAACAACUUAAAGAACCAGUACGCGGAUGCAGUGUUGCGCUGCAGAGAUCUUUGUGACCAGGCACUUGACCCACUCGACUUUGUACGGACUGCGGGUGAGCUGAUGCAGAAACAUACAUAUUUAUGUGAAGACGCUAUCCGCAACAACGACUCGCAGAAAAUGGUCGACAACACAUCCGCUAUCGCUAGGUUGGCGAACCGCGUACUCCUCGUGGGUGGAGCGGAGCGCGAGAACACUGAAGAUAGUGAGUUCGCUCUAGCUUUGGGCGCUGCCCAGCAACGCCUACAAGCCAGCAUUCCGCCCGCCGUAAGACACGCGAAACUAGUCGCUCUACAAGACAGAAGCGCUGUUCCCGCUUGGAGAGCUGCUAAUAAUGAGAUUAUUAAAGCGUCGAAUGGCGUAGAAGAAGCCCUAGCCCGGCAGUACGGACCUCCACCGCCGCCACCGGCAUUGCCGGAGUCGUUCGCUGCCCUCCGCGUCAACGUGCGAGAGGCCGCGCCCCCCAGGCCUCCGCCGCCAGCCGUUUCUGCGCCACCCAGGCCGCCGCCUCCAGAUACCGACGACGAGGGAGAGGAUAUCUUUGAUAGGCAGCCCCAUCCUAGUCAGCCAAUUUUGGUGGCAGCCCACAACUUGCACCGCGCUGUCCGGGAAUGGUCUUCGAAGGACAAUGAGAUCAUCGCAGCCGCGAAACGAAUGGCUAUUCUCAUGGCUCGACUCUCAGACCUCGUACGAUCGGACUCCAAGGGUAGUAAGCGUGAACUGAUCGCCACCGCUAAAGCUAUCGCUGAGGCUUCAGAGGAGGUGACUAGACUGGCGAAGAAACUUGCCCUCGAGUGUACCGACAAGCGAAUUCGAACUAACCUACUGCAAGUUUGCGAGCGUAUCCCAACUAUCGGCACUCAAUUGAAGAUCUUGUCCACCGUUAAGGCUACUAUGCUUGGAGCACAAGGUAGCGAAGAAGACCAAGAGGCGACUGAGAUGUUGGUUGGAAACGCACAAAAUCUCAUGCAAAGUGUAAAGGAAACAGUGAAGGCGGCUGAAGGCGCUUCAAUAAAAAUUCGCACAGAGCAAGGCGCGUACAGACUUCGUUGGGUGCGCCGAUCGCCAUGGUACCAGAUUUAA